GAUAAAAACUCAUGGAAACAAGUUAUAAAGACUUUAGAUAUGGCUUUGGUGAUGACCGGUGCGCCUGGAAAUGGUAGGAAAGAAAUGCUUUUUAAUCUCAUUGAAGAAACCGAGAAAAUCUUGAGAAAACUUGAACAGAUAAAUUACCAACAGAGCAUUCAAUUUACGUCGCCUAAACGUACUAUGGAUGACAAUUCUAUAAAAAAUACAGCUCAUAAAAAGUCUAAAACUGAAACCCAUAGCAUGCCAAUUAUAAGUAAUCCGUUGCCCAAAAUAUCACAACCUAGUUUAGCUACUUUCGCAUCGCAUGUUACCAAUCUCGAUUAUCUUUUGAAUAGAAUCGGAAAAGAACGAAUAGUCCCUGUAGAAAUCGGUGCUAAAUAUACUGACGAAACCUGGACACAAAAAUUAAUGAAUUUUGGCGAUUUCAUUGAAAAAUGGGUUAAAAAUUCCAUCAAUGAUGAUGUUGAUAUCGCAUAUUUAGCACAACAUGACUUAUUCGCGCAAGUUCCGCGCUUAAAAGAUGAUAUUGUGGUUCCUGACUAUUGUUUUGUAGAUACCAAACCAUUUAUCGUGAGCAUUGGGGAAGAUGGCGAUUCUAGUUACGGAAAUAUCCAAUAUUUUCCACCUCAAGAAGUUAUCACAAAUGCAUGGUUUGGACCUAAGGGAACUAUUUCACCAAUGCAUACAGAUCCUUAUCAUAAUCUUUUGGCACAAGUUGUUGGACAAAAAUAUAUUAGAUUAUAUUCACCAAGUGAAACUCCUAAAUUGUACUCUUUUGAACAGGAUGGUUGA